AGCUGCAAAGUUCCCAGAGCACUAAUAAAACCACAGCCAAUAAACUGCAGAGUGGGCUGCCCUGAAUCCGUGUUUCAAAACACAAAGUCCAGGGGUUGGAGCAGGAGCAGAAGAACAAUGGAAGCUGCCCCAUCCAGAUUCCUGUUUCUAUUAUGUCUCUUCAUGUAUGAGCUGUCCCCAGAUGGUGCUGCAGAAAUUCAGGAAUCCUCAGAAGAUCCUGGUUCUUCUCAGGAACCCAUAUGGCUCACAGAUGUCCCAGCUGCCAUGGAAUUCAUUGCUGCUGCUGAGGUGGCUGUCAUAGGCUUCUUCCAGGAUUUAGAAACACCAGCAGUGUCCGUAUUUCAUAGUCUGGUGCAGAAAUUUCAAGACGUGUCCUUUGGAAUCAGCACUGAUUCUGAGGUUCUGGCUCACUACAACGUCACUGGGAACACCAUCUCUCUCUUCCGUCUGGCGGAUAACGAACAACUGGAUUUAGACAGUGAAGACAUUGAAAGCAUUGAUGCCACCAAAUUAAGCCGUUUCAUUGAAAUCAACAGCCUCUACUUGGUGACAGAGUACAACCCUGUGACUGCAAUUGGCUUAUUUAAUAGUAUGAUUCAGAUUCAUCUUCUCCUGAUGAUGAACAAGGCCUCCCCAGAGUAUGAAGAAAGCAUGCACAGAUACAAGAAGGCAGCUAAGCUUUUCCAGGGGAAGAUUCUUUUUAUUCUGGUGGACAGCGGUGUGAAGCAAAAUGGGAAGGUGAUAUCAUUUUUCAAACUAAAGGAGUCUCAACUGCCUGCACUGGCCAUUUACCGAACUGUGGAUGAGGAGUGGGAUACCUUGCCCAUGGCAGAAGUUUCUGUAGAGCACGUGCAAAGCUUUUGUGAUGGAUUCCUAAAAGGGAAAUGGCUGGGAGAAAAUCAUGAAUCAGAAGAAAAGACUCCAAAGGUGGAACUCUGA